AUGGUUUCCUAUUAUGUACAAGGACUUGUCUUAUUAUUGGCUACCUUGUUUUCGUUGGUUUCCGCAAAAGUUCAAUAUCAUCAUUUCGUGGUUCAAGCGGUACCGGUGAAAAGACUGUGCAAAACUGUGAAUGCAAUAACAGUGAAUGGCCAAUUUCCUGGACCCACAUUGGAAGUUUUUGAGGGUGAUACUCUUGUAAUCAAUGUUGUUAACAGAGCAAAAUACAAUGUCACCAUUCAUUGGCACGGAAUAAGACAAAUGAGGACCGGAUGGGCUGACGGACCAGAAUUCGUUACUCAAUGUCCUAUUAGACCAGGAGGUAGUUACACGUAUCGCUUCACAAUCAAUGGUCAAGAAGGAACUCUAUGGUGGCAUGCUCAUAGCUCCUGGCUAAGAGCAACGGUCUACGGAGCUCUAGUAAUUCGUCCUAGAGAAGGAAUUCCUUACCCUUUUAAUAAGCCAAGCCGUGAAACACCCAUUAUUCUUGGUGAAUGGUGGAACCGCGACCCAGUUCAAGUCAUUAGACAAGCCGCUAGGACGGGAGCCGCCCCCAAUGUAUCCGAUGCUUACACCAUCAACGGCCAACCGGGAGACCUCUACAACUGCUCUCAGCAAGAUACUACCGUUGUCCCAAUCGACGUAGGCGAGACACAUCUUUUACGAGUGAUCAAUGCUGCCCUCAAUCAAGAACUCUUUUUCUCUGUUGCCAACCACCCGUUCACGGUGAUUGGCGCAGAUGCAAGUUAUUUAAAACCCUUUACGACCAACGUCUUAAUGCUCGGACCUGGUCAAACCACCGACGUCUUGAUCUCUGGCAACCAAGCUCCUGGCCGGUACUACAUCGCUGCUAAGCCGUAUCAAAGUGCACAAGGCGUCGCUUUCGACAACACCACCACCACCGCCAUACUCGAAUACGAGUCUCUUGUAUGUCCCCCUAGGGGAGUUCCUAAGCCCACCCCUAUAUUCCCACCUUUACCAGUAUUCAACAACACUGCAACAGUUACCGCAUUCACAAACAAACUCCGGAGCCCAAGACGGGUCCCAGAGCUACCGGUCCUACUAGAAGUUGAGGAAAAUUUAUUUUUUACCGUAGGCCUCGGACUUAACCAAUGCCCACCAAAUUUUAGUCAAAAUCAAUGUCAAGGUCCAAAUGGUACCAGAUUUACUGCUAGCAUGAACAACGUAUCUUUUGUUCUUCCGUCAAAUUGGUCUCUUCUUCAAGCCCAUAAAUUCGGUAUUCCUGGGGUUUUCUCCGUCGAUUUUCCAGCCCAACCGCCAGUUCAAUUUGAUUACACAGGCAACGUUAGUCGGGCACUUUGGCAACCACAAUCGGGUACUAGGUUGUACAAGUUAAAGUAUGGUUCUAGGGUGCAAAUUGUUAUUCAAGGUACUAGUAUUGUUACAGGGGAAAAUCAUCCUAUGCAUCUACAUGGUUAUGACUUUUAUAUACUUGCUCAAGGAUUUGGCAAUUUUGAUUCAAACAAGGAUACCAACAAAUUUAACCUUGUGGAUCCUCCUAUGAGGAAUACUGUUGGUGUGCCUGUCAAUGGAUGGGUUGUCAUCCGAUUCGUCGCCGACAAUCCAGGAGUAUGGUUGAUGCAUUGUCACUUGGAUGUGCACAUCACUUGGGGGUUAGCUAUGGCAUUUUUAGUGGAAGAUGGAGUGGGAGAGUUGGAGACUCUACAAGCUCCACCAAUUGAUCUACCAAUUUGUUGA